GAAUGACAGUUGGGAGUCCGUUAGCGCCGUUGGUGUCGACCCGCUCUCUCGCGAGGGCCGCGCCACCAGCACCUUCACGCACAGCACGCCUCUCCCGGCGUCAGGCGGGCAUACGCCGACGCACUUCUGAGGCGCUCCCCUCCAUCCCAUAAAGCCUCCGUCCCGCUCCCCGCCAGCUCCUCACCUUGAUUUUAUUCAGCACCCCGCUCGUCUCCAGCGUCUGCACGAGGAGAUCCCUCAGCUCCGUGUCUUCCUCCGUCGCGGUCGCCAUCUUGCUUCUCCCUGACAACCACCUAAACUGAGCUAGUGACGAGACGAGCCCCCGCAGAUUCGUCGCUCUGGGGCAAAGGGGGAUAUUUGCCGGGAAGGAGGCGGAGCGCAGUGGGCCAAUGACUUCCUGACCGCAGUCGCCGCCCACUUUGGAGGAGGCUGCCCAGCGAGCCGCGCUUCCGCGCGCGUCGAAUGUGCGGGUACGAACGGGCUGCUUGCGAUCCGGCUCCGCGAUUGGCUGGGGAGCGCAAGAGGCGGGAGGUUUAGAAGGAGGCGAUGUUUCGCUAGAUGGGGCUCUGCGGUUCUUGCUGCUGCUGAACGAGGCUGCCGGCGCAAUCCUAACCGUGCCUACUGAGAAGUAAAUCCUGUUGAAUUCAAUGGGGCUUACUCCCAGGUAGGUUAGGAUUGCAGGGUCAGGCUCAGUCCUGAAUGGAAAUACAUAGAGAGGGGUUUUGUUGCUACAUUUUUUUCACUCCGGCUGGCGUGCAAAAUGGUAGAAUAUGCACUGCACUUUUAUAAGGCAUAGAUAUGAUACAGUUCAUUUGCCACCCGGCUCUUCGCGGACUAUUGUCCAAUGAAGGUUCAUUAUCGCAGAAUAUAACUAGAGGAGAAAGGGCCUGCAUAAACAGAACUGCGAAAAUACCAAACUCCAAAACAAUUAAUACCUGCAAUCCAAUUCAAUGUACAUGGAUUUUAAGAAAGUACCAAUCCCAAAAUAUAUUUUGAACCACUAGGCACUAUUUUUUGUUAACUGACUGGUAUCCUUAAAUGUACUAUAAUUCGUGAAGCAUUUAUUUAUGCUCCAAUCCUAAAACUACUUAAACUCAAGCUCUAUUGGUUGUACCCAAUGUUAUGCCUCCUCAUAGACUAAAGUCUAAGGCUGUGUUCACACUUCUGUUUACUGUGCACUUGUGUGUGCAGUGCUGGGUGUUUAAUCUGUUCUUACAUGUUGUCCAAAACACACUUUGUUGUGAAAUAUUACUGUUUGAUGUACAGUACUGUACUGUUGUUCAAUCUAUCUUUACACCAAUGAAACCUUUAAGGUAAUUCAUCUCCAGCUAAGUUGUGAACACGUUUGCAUGUGUAAAUACAUCCUUGCCUAUCAACGCCCACGGGUGUGUACACAAACAGAAAUGAAUCUGACACUUAAACUGUUGAUGUCAACAGCUAGGGGCAAAGCGAUGUGAUGGGGGGAGCAACAUAUUGUCUCUAACACACCCGUAAGUUCUAGUUAGGUGUCUUAAGGGCUGUAUCCUGAAAAUAUGUAUGUGGUAACUGUUAUAGGAUCAAGAGCUGAAGGUAUCUUCAGAAAUUAUUUAGGCUGCACCUGUCUAUGAACACUUUAUCUGUGAGUAACAUGCACAGGAUUGGGCUGCUUUGCUGGUUCCUGCAUGCACCUAUUGUACUAAUUAUGGUUAAAUCAGAUGACAGUCCAAAUAAGGAAGGGUGGAAUUGUAAAAUGGUAGUUGCUAACAAAAUUGGAAAGGGCUAGAAAUGUUUAUUUUAUGCCACAAUCUUAUGCCUGUUUACUAAGAAGCUAGACUCACUAUGUUCAGUGAGAUUUACUCCCAGGUAAGUGUCCAUAUGAUUGCAGCUUUAAGAUUUCAUUAGAGCAAGGAAACAUCCAAUGUAACUGUGAUGCGCGGUGGGGUGGGGGAACCUCACUCAGAGUGGAUGUUACUGGUCAGCUCAAAACACUUUAGUGAUACCUGGGUGUAAAUAACAUCAGAAUCAGCUUACCUUUUAAAAAUCCUUCACCCCUUUUAAAUUUUGUUCUGCUGAAAGGAACAAGAAGGGUACACAAUCACCUUAGGGAUUUUAACCUAUGCUGAGCAAUACUUCCAGGGCCAGUUUUUGCUGCAAUUCUAAACCAGUCUGCUGUAAACCAAGAUGUAAUGUACAGUACUGUGUUGAGUGUUUAUCAUUGCACAGUGGGCCUGACAUACAGAGAUGAAAUAAGGCCCCAAACUAAUGCUGAUGCCAAGCUUGUAGAAAUGUGCAUUGUACUUAGUGUGAAAAGCUACCCUAAUAUUCAAUGUGAUUCCUUUUUUCACAGGAAAAUUGCAUGAUUUUUAGCGUUUGUUGUUUCUAGACUUAUGCUGCAGGUGGCACCAAAAAUCUGUUCAGUACUUUAAAACUGCUGACUUCUGAAGCCAAAGACAAGUAUGCAAUUUUAUGCUUACAGAAUUAAGUUCUUAACCUGAGGUACCACUGUACUUGUUUAGGAAUAACCACUAUUGAAUUUAAUAAGACUUAUAAAUAAGCACACCAUGUGAGUCUUUAGCUUAUGGGACUAUUUGUUUGUACUUGGUAAUUUGUAGUUUCACUGUUAUUAUUAUUAUUAUUUAAAUUUGUACACUGCUCUUCAUCUGAAGAUCUCAGGGCAGUUCACAGCAUAAAAAUACAAGACAAAAAGACAAAAUACAUAAUAAAAAACAAAACUGUUUAGGUUUGGCAUGUGUAAGCUUUCUGCUUUUACAGAUACCGAAGCACCCAAAGCCUUCAAACUCCAGUAACCUUUUGUAAAACUAGGAAGUAGUAAAAAAGAAAGAAAGAUCCUAAACAGAGCCACUCUUUUUUUCUAAAGGGGGUGGGUGUGGGUGAAGACCCUGAGAUCUGAAAAGCCAUCUGAGUAGUUGUGGCAAACAGCAACAGAAAAAGAAAAAUCUUUUUUAUUAUAUGCAGGAGACAAGUGGAGGCAUAGCAGUCCGCUCGCUGCACUUACGCAAUGCCUCUUUUCCGCUGAAUAGGCACGAACGACCCACAAGGGGCUCAGCGAGAGGCUGUGUGUGGGCGGGAUUUAGUCGCCCAGCGGAAGUGCUGGUUCCUGUAGGGAAGUGAAAGCUGAUGCCGCCCUUGCACCAGCUUUCUAGUUCAGCUCGUGCAAGGCAGGUACAAAAACAGCCGGUUAAACUUGUGAGUUGAUUUUUUUUUUAAUAAAUCGUAAUCUCUUGAAAGAUUGUAACUUUUUAAGUCUCCCUGGUGCGGUUUGUUUUGUUUGUUUUCGAGUUCUAAGCAAAUAAUGCAGCUUAGAGCGGCAGCUGUAGAGCCGGGUAUAUGUUGAUUCGAAGUAAGUCACACUGUGUUUAAUAGGACUUGCUUCCAAUAACUAGUGGAACUUCGUACCUACACGAUUUGGUAUCUAGUCCUAUGUACAAGUACGCAGCAGUGAACAUAGCGGGAUUUUCUCGUAGCCAUAAAGAAGACGCUGGGCGAGAGGCGGCAGUUGGAGGCUGUGGUUUCUUAGGGCUUUUCUCCUCGAAAUCAUUCCGGGCGUAGGACGUUUGAACCCUGUGGGCGGUUGGGAGAUUGUAGCAUGUAACUCGGCAAGGAUGACUUCGAACAAAGGGGGUUAGGGAAGCAGCUGUAUGUGUGUAUUUGGCACUUCUGUUAUGCGAGGCUGCCUCGGGUCAGGGAGCUGUUAUGUUGCAAAGUGUAUUGGCAUAUCCUGCGCAUGUCAAAAAGGAAAGAUUUUGAAUUACAGUAUUUUAUAGUGAGUUGCAUGGUGGAAAUUCUAGGUAGAAGUAGAGUUUGGAGGAAUUGUUUUUAGAUUUGUGGCCUCUUUGUUCUCAAAACAUUUCACAAUAUGCUUUUCCCAGAGCUGCUUUUUAAUUGAUUACAAGCACCUAGUUUCUAUGCUUGGUUUGACAGUUUUCUUGCUUCCAGUAUUUGCAUUGAUAUACUACUACCUUUCUUCUGUAAGGCAAGAUAUUGUCCCUAGGUAUCCCACGCAGCCUCUUGUCUAAGCACUGAGUGGUCUUAGUCUGGAUUAGUUUCAGAUUACUGAAAUGUCCACAUUAUUGUAUCAUGUGCCUUCAUACCACACUCAUCCUUCCUAUCCUAUGACAGGUAUUUCCUGUACUCUUUAAUGAGUGUGAUGUGAAGGGAUCUUCCCUGCAGUUGUGUUAAGCUUUGAAGAGCUCAAAAAUAAUAGGAAAGAUUCCUUCUCUACAGUAGGUAGCCAAGGUGCUCAGAAUCUUUUGGCUGUGCAGAGCCAAAAUGAGCCCUAGACUUUUCCUUUGGUUCUGUUGGGGAAAGUUGGGACAGGCUGUUCUUGCAUUGGGCAGCCAAAAUGCUCAAAUGGCUCAGUGGGCCAUCAUGAAAAAAAGCCUUUUCUCAAAAAGUUGGAGUUGGAGAGCAGAACAGGGCCUCACAAGGUCAGGAGCUGAGGCUUCUUACUUGAAGAUGAAUCCCAUUGUACACAACAGAAUUCAUUUCUGAAUAAACAUCUUCUGUAUGAUCUAGUUGAGAUUCCUGCAUUGCAGGGGGUUGGACUAGAUGACCCUUGGGUACAUUCCACCUUUACAGUUCUAUGAUUCUCUGCAUUUGCUUCCACUGAAGAUGAGGAGCAGAGUCUUGUCAACAACAGUUUUUGGCUUGUCUGGCAAGGCCAGCCAACAUUUGUGCCCCCCUGCUUCAGCCUGUAGACCUGUUCCUGUGACUAGAGUCUUGUGCUAUUUAUAGCUGCGGAAGUGGUGCUUCUUUGUCUUGAGGCUAGUGCCAGCCAUUGGUCAUUCCCUCCUCUUGUCCCCUUCUCAACAGUUAGCUAGCAUUUUGUGGCCACUAAGUAUGCUCAGGCCUCAUUGACCUGUUUGGGAGGUGUUUAUUGUUUUAUCCCACACUUUUAGACAACUACUGUCUCCCCAAACAAACAGCUUGCAUCAAUAAGAAAAAAAAGAGAAGUCACUGUCAUUAUGCUUAUGAAGAGACACAGAAAGAAAGAAAAUUGGUGGGGAUAAGUAGAGAAGGAAGUUCGCUUAUUUAAGACUAGAACAAAAUGGUGAGCUAAAAGAAGGCAUUUGUACUGAAUGAGGACCAGAUAAAUCUUCCCUUGCUCCUGUUCUUUCUUGAAUAGCAGUUAGUCUCCUGCCACCCAUUCUUUGACUGAUAAAUGGAACAAAAUGUCCUCCUCCUUGCUUCUUCAGCCCCAAGAUAGCUAGCAGUUGAAACCAAAGGUUCUUUCCUGAAAGAGAGGAAAUCAAACUUCCUUCAGCUGCUCAUUUUCUGGCCGAUGAAUGGGGCCAGGUUUGUCUCCCCCUUUCCAUGAGCAGCCUUAUAUGGACUUUGGUCCCCUAGACAUUGGCCGGUGUAUGCUGCUUUCAGUGUGUGCUGCUUUCAGCAGUGUAGUCUCAGGGUAAAUGUUGUAGUGUCUGUAGUGUAAUCCCCAGGUUUAAGAUGAUAAUUUUUAAGAGAGGUUGCUUUUAACGCAAAUAAUAGAGCAUUGUUGAAUGUUUUAGAAACAGCAGAAUGGGGGGGGGGACCCUUCUAAUUCUAGGGUAGUCAAGCUGGUAGGGAACUAAGAUGAGAAAUAAAGGAAGUUCAAGGAAAAGCACAAGAAGUGAGUGGUAGUGAAGAGGAAUCAGAGUUCUGCUUUAUGCUUAAAUAUUUUAUUGUGUUUGAAGAUGAUUCUGUUUUGACUUGAUCUGACUGGAGUUGGUUUUGUGCCAGGUAAGUUGAUGCAUGAACAGAACAGAAUCAGCUUAAAUACAAAUACUCCCCUUUAAUUGACUUAUGGAGAGAGUUUUGGCUUUUUGUGAUCCGUUGCCUACUUUUUAACACGAUUUAAUUCUCAGGGGUUUUAUUUGAAGACAUUUAAAGGAAGUUUUGAGUAGUGCUCCAAUAUGUUUGCAUGCAUUUAAUGGCUUUAGCAAAGCCAGAAAAUAUAGAAGGCCCAAACCACUUUUCUAUCAUAGAGUCACCAAAAAGCCCUGUGAUAUGCAGUCUCAUCAAGUCCUGUUUUUUCUCCCUUCUCAUGCAUGCAGUCAUUUUGCCAAGUUCCUGCAGGUUCCUUCACCUUUCAUAUUUAUCCAUUGCCAGCUCCCCACCACCACCACCUUAUCUGGUCUCAGAUUUAUGCACACCUUUCUCACUGCAAAGGGAGUGGGGAACAGAGAUCUGUGAUGCUCCUUGGGAUCCAUCUGCAUGUGGCUAUUUUACCUACAGUAACAUUGGAAUAAGCCCUCGUAUAAUCAUGUUAAGAUCCAUGUUACUUCAACAGAGAGAAAAAGAAAUCUCGCAGGAAACAUUAGGAAGCCUAGCAAGGAAACAGUGGUGUCACCAAAUUUGGAUAGGUCAACAAAAAAGCAAGAGACAAAGGAAGGCAAGCUACCUCGAACGUUUUUUGAUUUGGUUGAUAAUAUGGGACUAAUUGACGCCUGGAGAUUUAAAAACCCCACUAUAAAACAAUAUACCUUUUUCUCAAACCCAAAUCAGAGUUGGGGGAGAAUAGAUAAUAUCUGGAUCUCGAAGGAGCUGACACAGAACUUAGCUAAAUCUGAAAUACUCCCACAAACUAUAUCUGACCAUAAUCCGGUAUUUAUGGAGAUAAAGGGUAAAGAUACUAGAGUAUUUAGAUGGAGAAUGAAUGAAGGUAUAUUUAAUAAUCAAAAGAUAGUAAGGGAGGCGAAAGAAACAAUCGAAGAAUACUUCAAGUGGAACUUACACAAAGAAACAGCUAUAGAAACGGUCUGGGAUGCAGGAAAAGCCGUUAUGAGGGGCUUCCUAAUUCAGAAAAACAGCCAUUUAAGAAAAGAAAAAGAGACAAAAGAGAAGAGAUUCUAACACAGCUUAUGGAGAAUGAAAGACAACUAGCUACUAAACCAGGUGACGAGACAAUAAAGCAAAAUUUAAAAAUAUUACAAGCCCAAUUUUCUAUGAUAGUUAACCAGGAAAUUGAGUGGAAAAUUAAAAUGAUGAAACAAAAGAACUUUGAAUCAGCUAAUAAAAUAGGAAAAUUCUUGGCGUGGCAAAUAAGAGAAAGGAAAAAACAAAAUACGAUCUGCAAGAUAAGGGAUGGAGAAAGGAUAGUGGAAGAGCCAAAAGAAAUAAAAAGGAUAUUUCAGACGUAUUAUAAGGAACUGUAUAAAAGAGGAAAGGAAAUAGAUUAUGAAAUAGACCGAUACCUGGAAGAUCACCAUUUACAACAGAUUGCCAUAGAAGAGAAAGAGUUAUUAGACCAGAGGAUUACAGAAGAUGAGAUAAGGAAGGCAAUAAAAAAGAUGAAAAUUGGGAAAGCGCCGGGGCCGGAUGGCCUACCAGCCAAGUACUAUAAAACAUUAAGUGAGCAAUUAUGCCCAAUUCUAUGUGAAGUGAUGAAUAAUAUUUUAAAAGAGGGAAGGAUUCCGAAUACCUGGAAGGAAGCAUAUAUUACUUUAAUACCUAAAAAAGAUGUGGAUGCCUUAGAGGUGAAGAACUAUAGGCCGAUUUCGUUAUUAAAUAACGAUUAUAAACUGUUUGCGGAUAUAAUGGCAGAAAGACUAAAAAGGGUAUUAAAAAAUAGAAUUCAUAAAGAUCAAACGGGCUUCCUACCAGGAAGACAACUAAAGGAUAACGUAAGAAAUUUGAUAGAUAUUAUUGAAUACCUGGAAACUAGAAUAGAUAAACAGGCGGCCUUGAUAUUUAUCGAUGCGGAGAAGGCAUUCGAUAAUGUCUCUUGGCGCUUUCUGAUGGAAAAUUUGAAAAGGAUGGGGAUGGGAGAAAGAUUCAGAAAAGGUAUAGAGGCUGUCUAUCAUGAGCAAAAGGCAAAACUUAUAAUAAAUAAUACUACCUCAGAAUUUUUGAUAUUUCUAAAGGGACGAGGCAAGGCUGCCCUCUGUCCCCCCUAUUAUUUAUCUUAGUAUUGGAAGUACUUACUAAGAGGCUGAGGGAUACAGCAGAGGUUAAAGGAGUCAGGGUAGGAACUAAGGAACACAAAAUUAAAGCUUUUGCGGAUGACAUUGCUCUAACAUUAGAAGAUCCAAAGCACAGUGUAAAAGAAGCCCUACAAAAAUUGAAGAGUUUGGUGCUGUGGCAGGCUUUAAGGUCAAUAAGAAUAAGACUAAAAUACUGACUAAAAAUGUAUCUAAAGAAGAUAUAGUAGACCUAGAACAAAAAACCGGAAUUAUGACGGCAAAGAAGGUGAAGUACCUUGGAGUCUGGAUUACGGCUAAGAACAUCAAUCUAUAUAAGGAUAACUAUGAGGUCACCUGGAAGAACAUUAAGAAAGACUUAGAAAUCUGGGAGAGAAUGAGAUUAUCUUUUUGGGGAGGAUAGCGGUUAUUAAAAUGAACGUUUUGCCUAGAAUGUUAUUUUUAUUUCAAACCAUCCCGGUACUUAAAGGUUUAAAGCAAUGUAAAGAAUGGCAAAGAGCCUUGGCGAGAUACAUCUGGCAGGGAAAAAGACCGCGAAUAAAAAUGAAAAUACUGGUAGAUAAAAAAGAAAGAGGGGGUUUCUCCUUCCGGACUUAUGUUUAUACUAUGAGGCGGCGUGUUUAUCGUGGUUGAAAGACUGGAUAACGCUAGAAAACAGAGACAUCUUGGAUCUUGAAGGCUUCGAUAACAGGUACGGGUGGCACUCGUACCUGUGGUAUGAAAAGGUGAAAGUACAUAGAGGCUUAAACCAUAUUUUUAGAGGGCCAAUAUUCCAAGUAUGGGAAAGAAAUAAAAACCUAUUGGAAAGGAAGACACCCUGGUGGAUCUCACCAACAGAGGUGUUAACGGUCAAAAGUUAAUAUGGAAGGGAAGAAUCCUACCUAUGAAGAACUGACUAGGAAAACGGAUCAAGGUAUAAAACUUAGACCCUAUGAAGAGAUUAAAAACUCAUUUACUGGGUGGUUGCAAUACCACCAGGUAAAUGACCUGUUAAAAGAAGAUAAAAAGAAAAUAGGAUUCGAAGAUAAAAAAUCCAAAUUCAAUGUGGAAGUUGUUGAAGGAAAGAACAAAAUACUGUCUAGAAUAUACGAUAUUUUACUGGAGUGGUAUACAAAAGACGAGGAGGUGAAGGACGUUAUGACUAAGUGGGCAAUAGACAUCGGCUAUAACAUCGAUUUUGAGAGAUGGCUAGAAUUAUGGAAUACUAACAUGAAGUUCACGGCAUGUAUGGCAUUAAGGGAAAAUAUGUGGAAAAUGAUAUUUAGGUGGUACCUCACACCAGUGAAACUGGCUAAGAUCUAUAGGUUAAAGAACAAAAGAUGUUGGAAAUGUGGAGAAGUAGAUGGUGACUUCUACCAUAUGUGGUGGUUAUGCAGCAAAGUGAAAGGCUUUUGGGAAUCGAUUUAUAACGAGCUUAAAAAAUUUUUUAAAUACACGUUUCCCAAAAAAACCCGAAGCCUUUCUGCUAGGAAUGACAGGUAAAGAAAUCAAAAAAGAAGAUAAGGUACUAUUUUUAUAUGCCACAACAGCCGCAAGAAUCAUGUUAGCACAAAAUUGGAAAACGGACGCCAUACCUAAUGUAAGUGAUUGGCAGAUUAAAUUAACAAAUUAUGCCGAGCUCGCUAGAAUAACAGGAAGAAUAAGAGAUCAAGAUGAACAGAAAUUUCAUGAUAACUGGAUUAAAUAUUGGAUAUAUAUUGGGACUAAACUUUAAACGACACUGGCGGGAUUGGAAUAACUCUAACAGUAAAAGGUUAUUAUGUAAAAGAGAUAAAAUACGUGAAUAUAAAGUCUAUUUGAUACUUACCAAAGGAGUGGAAGGAAGUUCAAGGCUUGGCAGAGCCUAAAAUAAAUGUAUUUAUGAUUUAUGGAAUGAAUAUAUUAUGUGUAAUUUAAGUAUUGGACUUUGUAUAAGUUUAUAUGUAUAUAUGUAUAAUACCAAUAAAAAUUUAUCAGUAAAAAAAAAAAAAAAAGGAAGCCUAGCAAGGAAGAAUGACAUCCAAUAAGAUACUUGCAUUACCACUGGAAACACUGAAACAGUUCUUAAAGGUUCUUAAUAGUAAUGUCACCUGUUUGUGGAAUUAGUUUUCCUUAUAAAUAGUGUGUCUCUGCUGAGUGCUGUGUUCAUAUCUCAGUCUGCUGUCCAAACAGCCAGUGUUUAUGGAGAAAAGCAAAGUGACUCUUAGAGGAAUAUAUUCCUUUUUAAAUGUGUUGCGUUCAGUUAAUCAGGUUAAAUGUUAUACUGCAUAAGUUGGCCAGGCCACAUUCUAAGGUUGGAUUCAACCCACAGAGUUAGGCUUGGUUAAGUCAAUUGAUUUCAAUUUGUUUAAGAGCAUUUAAGUUUGUAUUAGACUGCAGCCUUAAUCACUAGGGUUCACAGUUUUAAAAAUUGCAAAGGUAUAAUGUCACUGGGUGUGACUUUCUUGCACAUUGCUGGAGCCAGUAAUCACAUUGUAUAUUUGAAUUGAGUAUAUGUGUAGUUCUGAACUAAUACAUAGGACUUGUCUAUCAGGAAAUCUGGUAUUUGCCCCCAAUGGAUACUGGAACAAAUAAAUUAGCAAAUGAAAGGUAUAUUAGGAUAUGGUUUUUCUUUUGGAAAAUCAUGCACAAUUUUCAAGAACUAUUGCAGGUUGAUUGGCAGCACUUGAUUUCUAAAAUUUCAGUUAUCGUUCAUGGUAUCGUGUUUUAAAACUGUGAUUGAGAAUCUGUGUCCCUCCAGAUGUUGCUGCACUACGCAUCCCAUCACCAUUGACCAUGCUGACUGGGGCUGAUGAGAGCUGGAGUCCAACAAAAUCUGGAGGGUCAAAAGUUUGAUUUCUCAUUCACUUCUAACAGUUGCCUGAUUGUGGUCUUGUGUUUACAUGUUUUCUUUUCUAUCACAGAGUCACCAAAAAGGAGCAUGAAUCCUAUUACUCCAUACUGUUUGUUUGUUGGGUGCUUUUGGCUUGCUAUCUUUGGUGGGACUGCUACACAUGAGCUGGAGGAAAAGUAAGUAUUGAAACAUCUUGUACAGCGAAGAAAGGCAGUUUUAAUGACUUCUGUGCUCUGUGUCCUAUUUCAGCCAAAUACUAUUGCAGGUGUGGAUAACCUCUUUUCAGCCAGAGGCAAAAGUGGACAGAGCAAUGAAGAUACACUUUAUCUUUUCUACACACCUUUCUCUACACACCUCUGGUUUUAGAAUCAGCAUUGCAUGAAAAUAAAUCCAGAAAGUGGUCUACAAACUGACCUACCAAGUCUGGGGGUGGAGGGGAUGUAUGUCCAUCUCGCUAUAAAUUAUUCCAGUUAGGUGUGCCCCGCAUUUUACUCUUAGAGUGUGUCUUUGUUAAACAGUAGUUCUCUAAGUGAGCUAACUAAUCUCAAAAAACAAAGUGUUUCCCAUCAUAUUGUAUUACUCUUAGUUUAAUUAUUUUUAAUAACCAUAUCAGUCAUUUUCUUCUAGUUAAUUUCACUUUUGCUUGCCUAUGUUUAUUUGCUAUCCAUCACAUAAGAUGAACUAUCUCAGGUUUUUCUCAAAACAAAUGUGGUAAAUGAAUGCUUUGAACCACGGUUCACCAAAUCUUUUGAAGCAUACAAUGGAGAACUGUGUUUGCAACUGGAGAUUUCUUUGUUGUUUCCACCACUGCAGCUCAUAAGGUUGCCAAGGGAAGCUUCAUUUUAAAAUGAAAAACGUGUUUCUUCAGGAGUUUGAAUAGUUGCUGUAGAAGCUUCAGAACAAACCUUGGACUUUGCUUGCAGUUUUUGGUUUAUUUUUAUCACAGCCUUAAUAUUCUUGUUGUAGUAAAGGACCAUAGAAAAUGGCUCAAGUUAUCUUAUACUAAGCAGUAGAAAAUCCCAUUAUAGUAUUAGGUUGCUGCGUACAUAGCUGGUAAAGGUAAAGUUAAAGGACCCCUAACAGUUAAGUUCAGUCACAGACAACGCUGGGGUUGCGGCGCUCAUCUCGCUUUACAGGCCGAGGGAGCCAGCGUUUGUCUGCAGACAGUUUUUCCGGGUCAUGUGGCCAGCAUGACUUAAGCCGCUUCUGGCGAAACCAGAGCAGUGCACGGAAACGCCAUUUACCUUCCCAUCGGAGCAGUACCUAUUUAUUUACUUUCACUUUUUCGCAUGCUUUCAAACUGCUAGGUUUGCAGGAGCUGGGACCGAGCAACGGGAGCUCACCCCGUCGUGGGGGUUUGACUCGCCGACCUUCUGAUUGGCAAGCCUAAGAGGCUCAGUGGUUUAGACCACAGCGCCACCCGCGUCCUACAAAGCUGGUAGAACAGCGCAUUUUAACAGCUGUAAAAACUGAUACUAAAGAUCCAAAAAAAGAUUCCCCCAAAUUUUUAUUGUUACUUGCUGCCUUUCUGUUCUUCAAACAUCUUAAAAAUAUAUAUUUUUAUGUUUCAGUGAUGAGCAUCCUCAUAAGUGGGAAAUGUUGUACCUUGUGCAUCAGUGGCCAGUGACAGUAUGUAAGGUGAGUUAUUAAUAAAAGGUAAAGGUACCCCUGACCGUUAGGUUCAGCCACGGCACCUGUGUUAUUAACACGCUGUUGUUAAUAAAGGUGUGCAUUUAUUCAAAUGUAUACUUAGCCCUAUCAUAAAAGCUAGUGGUAGAUAACCAAUUUUACAGCAGCAUAGAAAUUUAAUAAAUGUAAUUUAAUAAAUAAUAAUAAUAUUAAUGCUCCUGUUCUUUUAACAGCUACAGCAAUUGGCAGGUUUAGCUAAGUUUGAAUAUUGGAACUAUUUAGCUUAAAACUGUGUGUGUUUUUUGUUUUAGCAUAAAAACUGGCUUUCCCUGAUAAAUUGGUUGACUUGUUUUCUGCAGAUGAAUGAACAUGAUUGCAAAGAAGAUCCACUAUUGUACUGGACAAUCCAUGGACUCUGGUAAGGUUUUAACUUUGAAAAUAAUGCUACAUUAUAUGACAUUUAAUUAAGAGUUUGGCCUAGAUGACCUAUAUACAGUGGUACCUCGGGUUAAGUACUUAAUUCGUUCCGGAGGUCCGUUCUUAACCUGAAACUGUUCUUAACCCGAAGCACCACUUUAGCUAAUGGGGCCUCCCACUGCCACCACACUGCCACUACACGAUUUCUGUUCUCAUACUGAAGCAAAGUUCUUAAUCUGAGGUAUUAUUUCUGGGUUAGCGGAGUCUGUAACCUGAAGUGUCUGUAACCCAAAGUACUACUAUAAUUCCUUUUGGUCAAAGCCCAUGUAUCUAAAGGUAUAUUAUUGAAACCCCACAAAAAAAAGAAACUCAUUGGAAUGUGAUGCAUCAGAUCCAAUGAAUGGUGGUGGCCUUGAAUUUGGAUUCUCCAGGGAUUGGAGCAGGAUGCUUAGCUGCAAGUCCACUGAAUGCUCAACCACAAACCUUGGUGGUUUUAGUGCCAGGCUGGGGAACCUUUGGCCCUCCAGACAUUGCUGGACACCAACUCCAAUAAGCUCCAGUCUGCACAGCCAAUGGUUAGGGAUGAUGGGAGUUGUUGCACAACAGCAUCUGAAGGACCACAGAUGCCCCACCUCUGUUUUAGUGGCAUCUAACCCUUACUAUUUUACACCUACUUUAUGCAUGUCAAACUAUUAAGUACAGCAAUGGCCACUUACACUACAUCUGUUUACAAGCUAGUAGUGUCUUACAUUUGACAAGACUAUUACAGUAAUCUUGAAAAGCAGAGACAUCACCUUGCCAACAAAGGUCCGUAUAGUUGAAGCCAUGGUUUUCCCAGUAGUGAUGUAUGGAAGUGAGAGCUGGACCAUAAAGAAGGCUGAUUGCCGAAGAAUUGAUGCUUUUGAGUUAUGGUGCUGGAGGAGACUCUUGAGAGUCCCAUGGACUGCAAGAAGAACAAACCUAUCCAUUCUUAAGGAAAUCAGCCCUGAGUGAUCACUGGAAGGACAGAUCCUGAAGCUGAGGCUCCAAUACUUUGGCUACCUCAUGAGAAGAGAAGACUCCCUGGAAAAGACCCUGAUGUUGGGAAAGAUGGAGGGCACAAGGAGAAGGGGACGACAGAAGACGAGAUGGUUGGACAGUGUUCUCGAAGCUACAAACAUGAGUCUGACCAAACUGCGAGAGGCAGUGGAAGACAGGAGUGCCUGGCGUGCUCUGGUUCAUGGGGUCACGAAGAGUCGGACACGACUAAACGACUAAACAACAACAACAUUACAGUAAUAGUAUACCAUCUCUUUGGAAUAGUAUACCAUCUCUUUGGAAUAAUUAACCACCCUAUCUUAAAAUAUUCAAGAAAGGCAACAAAUUUAAAUGCAUAAUCAUAAUAUUUUUAAAAUACCUUCAUUCCUGUUUCCAUUGUCCUCCACCUCUAUGAGAAAAUGCAAGUACGGAUCAGCACCUCGUGGUUGAAAUUGAUGCAUUUCUGCACAUUUCAUUAUCACUGAAGUUUGUCCUAUUUUUAACAAAGAAAAAAUCAUUUAUGUUUAGGAGAUAGAUAGAUAGAUAGAUAGAUAGAUAGAUAGAUAGAUAGAUAGAUAUAGAUGCUUGAUAGACAGGUCAAAUUCAACUGGUACAUGCUAUUGGAUCUCAAUGCAGUUUGAAACUGCUAGGGAAGCUUUUAUGUAGCUUAUUUGUUUUUAUAGUGAUAUACUGUGAAAGCUUUGUCUUAGGCAUAAUAUUGUAGAAAAGGGAUUCAUUUUUUCCAAAUGUAAGUUCAAAUUGAAAUAUUAUGUAGACCAGUUUCAUCCACCACCACUGUUUAGGGGCAUUUAAAUUUUGUUCUGUUUAUUCUCUCAUAGGCCUGAUAAAGCAGAAGACUGUAAUAGAACUUGGCACUUUAACUUAUCUGAACUUCAGGUAUAAAUUAUAUGAAAAUGCAGAUUCUGAGUAUGGUUUUGUUUUUUGCUGUUGCCCCAUCCAGAUUUCUCAUAGCCUGUCAAUUGCUAUUAGAGGUAGAUAUGCUGUUUUAUUCUAAAUCUCUUUCUGUACCAUCCCACUCCAAGGGUUUGUGGUAGAUCACAAGACAUUACAUUUUAUUUUAUUUUAUAGAUAAAGUGUUUUUUCAUUUAUUGUUGUUGUUGUUGUUGUUUUGCAUAUUCAAAAACAGGAACAGAGAGCACACUUAACCCCCUCCCUCUCCCACCCCCUGCCCCACUUACAGCUUCAUACCAAAUACAGCAUUUAUAAAUUAAAUUAAGAGUAGAUAUGUGACAUUCUACAAAAAUAGAAGAUUCAACAUUGUUGCUCUGUGCCAUGCGUGGAAGAAGCUUAUGCAUGAGAUAACCACACAAGGUUUUUGUUUUGUUUUUUAAUGCAGACUGUAGCUGAAGAGAUCUGAUGGUCCCCUGAGCCCCUUCCAAAAAACCUGCUGAGUAGUCCAUAGCUUUUAAUACUGGCAUAGUCCUAUGGCAGCCAGAAACUGAAAUACUGGGUUUGCUCCUUAUGAUUUACAGUCUGCAGGCAUAAGUGUACAUGGGGAUGCUGCCAUACCUGUGUUUGCUCUACAGUCUUUACAGCCAGGGAUAGGGUCAGGUUCUCAGUGUAGCUGCAUGUUUUAUUUGGAGCUCAGUGCUGCUUUUUAGCUUAUGAGAGCCUUUACUUACAUUACUUACUUACUUAUUUACUUACUUACUUAUAGGAUCUCAUGGGUGACAUGAAGAAAUAUUGGCCAGAUGUGCUUCAUCCAAACCAUACCUUUUUCUGGUGAGUUGUGCCACUUUUAAACAUUUUGGUAGUGUUACAAAAUUAUUCAUUUUCAGUUCUUUUUUCCAGAGUGGAUAGACUCUAGACAUCCAUAGGAACUAGGUGAAAGUGAAUUCUAGCACAGAACUUCUAGAAAUUAUUAUGGCUUUGCUUUAUUUCCCUUUUCACCCACACAAAUCUCUGCAUUAGAUCCAGAGUUUCUUCUGCUGACAGCAGCAGCAUCUGAAAAGUGGACCAUUGCCACCCAUUUCCCCUCACCCCUUGGCUCCACACACCCCAUGCUGUUCUUGGGUGUUUCCUAACUGCCAGAUGGGCCUCUGCAGGAGAAUGAAAGAACUGACAAAAAUGCCCCCCUUUCUGUCAGUGGGACUGCACUGGAUCAGAAACUUUGGGUAGACAGAUGGGAGUCCUUCUGUUGGCAGAAGGCAAAGUCUGGAUCCAAUCCUCUGUAAGUUUGUAGGAUAUAUGGAAUUUUAUGUCAGAGGAAUAUAUGUACCAGAUCUCAGUGCUAUUUAUUUAUUUUAGACCACCUUUCAGGAAUAAAAUUCCUCCCAAAGCAGGUCACAUGAAAAACAACAAUAACAUACAAUAGAUAACAUUUUAAAACGAAUCAAUAAAACAACCCCAUAUUGUUAAAACUAGCAAUUCAAUGUCAAAUAUACAACAUAAUAAAGAAAUAAAGUCACCAAGGCCAGGCCACACAACUGAAUCCUGAGCCACUGGCAUUCUCAGGCAGAAUUUUAGAUUUCUGCAACCUUAUAUUGUUUAUUUGGGGGGGCAGAGUUUAUUUCUUGCUCUAAGUCUGAUAUAGCAGAAACAGCAUUUAUUCUUUAGAGCAGUCCAUCAAGCAUGGUUGAGGUAUAAUUCCCAUUUCUUCCAACUGAAGGUGUUUUCUGCUCUGUUUGAAACUGGACUGAAAUACAGGCCAAAACUAGCCAUUAUGGGGAGCAUAUUGCCGUCACAACCAAUGUCUCCAUGGAACUGUCUAGUAAAAAUGAUAUGUGAUAUAAUAUCCCUGUGCUCAGUGUGUUCUUUGCCCUGUACAAGUGGCAGCCAAUAAAGUAGAGUGGGCCCAGGAGUAGUGCGCACAGUGAUAGUGCGUCAUGCCAUAUGUCUUACUUUACGAGAUGUUGGUUAGAGCCAGCCACACAUCUCCCUUAAUGGCAGUGUUGGGCCAUAGUUGCAGCAUCACACUCUUGAUGGCUGCAUGCACAAUUCCAUAUUGGAGCCCUAAGCUAUAUAAUGUGAACAUAGUGCAAAAGUCCAAAAACUGGUAGUGAAGAAUAGAGAAUGCAGCUUGCUGUAAUGUGCGCUGCUUUUCUCUGUUCCCUAGCUGUCCUAUUGACAUGUCAAGAACUUACCCUAAAUAAAUAAAUAGAAUUUGUAUGUUGAAUGUGCAAAGUCCUAUCUGUUUUCUAUGUGUGGUGCUCCUCUUUCUCUACCCUCCUCUGUAACCUUGAAAGGAGGAAGAAUCUGUACAAAGCUUUAGCGCUGACAACACGCACUGAAAGAGAAUAUUGAACAAUUAACCUUUGUCUUUUUCUGUGAUGCAGUCAAGCUAGUGACAUCGUGCUUCAUAUUUGACAAGUGGAAAUCUGCUAGGAACAAGGACAAGAUGGUUUUCUUGUCAACUGACAAAUGAAAAAAAAACAACCCUAGUUUUUCUUAUAUGCAGAAGCUUUCAGCGUUUGAGGUUUCCAUAGUUUCCAAUUUCAUAUGAAGCAGAGGAAGUAGAAAUGCUAUGUCUUUGAACUGAAGCAUUCUACUAGUUUAUCUCUUUCUGAGUAGCAACAGGUUCCUUGCAAAAUACAGAACCAAACACCCGAAGAACUCCAUUAAUACAGAAAAAGAUUCAAGAGUAUUCACGCAUAGAAGUUUCUCUUCAAUAUGGGGAAUAAUUUGGAACCCAAAAUCACAAUGGGAAAAUAUCCAGCAGCCUUCCACUUAUGCAGCAGGACUUCCCCUUCCUCUCCCCUUCCUGCAUUGCCCCCCCAAUCGCCUUUGGAGGAUCUCCCAACCCCCUGGAGCUGAUUUGGGUGGGGGCUGUAAGGGUUAUAUAAAAACUAAACUAUAAAUAUAAGGGGGGAAAUAAUAUUAUAGGAGCAAGGUAUAGGUAACACGUUUCAGAUAUCUGUUUGGAUCCAAAGUUUAAUUAACACAAAGUUUUCAUGAAAGGAAAGCUCCCCAUUUCACCCUAAUCACCCAUCCCUAUCAACACACGCUCUUUCUUCCCCAGCCCCCAAGCCCCCCAACGCCAUGAUCUAUAGUCUCAGAAAUUGUAAAUCUACAGAGUGUACAUAUAUAUACCAGCGCUACUAGUUGUGGAUAUAUGUUUGUGAAAAUGUACAUAUUUUGCAACUAUCCAGUAUGAAGAACAUCCCACUUUCCUGAGAGGAAGAUGUAUGUAUGGGUAGGAAAGAUAAAGAGUUGCAGAAGGGCAACCAGGGCCAAAUAAAACAGGAUUGUUGCUGCUUACAUAUCCUUUCUGUACUUCAUUACUUCAAAAAUGUAACUUUUUGUAUCAUUUUGUCCCAAACUGAAAUGGGGAUUUUUCUCUCCUGAAAUGGCAUCUCUUAGGACAGGCAUGUCCAAAGUCUGUUUUGGGGGCCUAAUCCGCCCCAGUGGCAGUUUAUUUUCUGGGGUAAAAUCCUAAAAAAAACCCUCAACUACUUCAAUCCUAGAAAAAGGUCAACAACUUUGGUUGGCCCCCAUGGCCCUAUUUGAAAAAAGUUUGGACCCCACUGUCUUAGGAAGUGCACCCAUAGGCAUCUGCAGAAAUUUUUGUGGGGAGGGGGCAGAGUAAAUACACCAAACAAAUGAAUAAAAUAUGCAGAACUAGCAUCAGAUAACAGUUCUUCAGUGUCUGGGAUGCUUCCCAAUCUUCAAGUUGAAGGGCAGAGUACAAAAUAAAUUAAUAAUAAUAAUAAAAUAAUCACACCUAUGAUAAAAUUAUGAAUACUUGAUUUUUUUCCCUAUAAGGCAGCAAUCCGUUCACCUGGGAAAACAAGCAUAAAGAAUUUGAAAGCAAACCAAGAACUUUCUUCUCAAGAGUCUGGCAAUGACUUCACUUUGUCUAAUUGGUUAGAUCCUAAAUGUGAAUCAUUGCUCUGGCCUCAUUCAUUGGUGAAAAACACCAGUGGUGCCUGCAAGUUUUCUGGUUUCUCAUACCACAAAUGAGGAUGGUGCCUGCAAUGUUUUGCUUCAUAUGUCAGGUUCUACAGUUGCUAGACAAUUACUUUUUAUAAGAACGAAAGCUGUGAAUCUAGGGAUUGUGGUUUAGUGAGGCGCGGGGGGGGGGGGGAGAACAGCCUCUCUUGCCCUCAUCCUACAUUGGGAGUAUACUCAUAGAAAUGAACAUUGUGAUUUAGACUUCCGAAAUGCUUAAUGAUAUGAAGAAUGAGAGUGCUUAAGGGGAAGAGUGCUUUGAGUUGGAAAUUUAACCAGGUACACAUUUGAAAUUUUCUUCUGAAAUUUUAAGUAUUUUUUUUUUGUAGACCUCUGAAUACAUCCAAAUCUAAAGAUGUAACUUUUGUUUUCUUUAUGUAGGAAGCAUGAAUGGGAGAAACAUGGGACUUGUGCUGCUAUGCUGGAAUCCCUUAAUUCUGAGGAAAAGUACUUUAGUAAAGCUCUGGAGCUCUAUAAAAGAAUUGAUCUUAACAGGUGGGGAAAUGGAUUUCUUUGGAGACCUCUGCAACAUACAGGCAUUCAUCAGCAGCUAUAUUAACUACAGAUAGUGCUCCACGAAUGUUAGCAAGCUGCAGCUUUCCAACAGCCAGGACUUUCCAUUGAUACAGUAUAUGUCUAUAUCACUUUAAAUGUUAAUUAUUUCUUUAUGUGGGCCGGAACUUGAGUUGCCAGUAAAGUUCAGGGUUAGCAGAGAAUAUAUUUAAAAAAUCAUAAGAACUCCAGUUCAUUCUUAUUGAAAGCAUCUGUUCUGUAGGUCGCUGGCAAACAAGUAGCUACUGAACAUAAUGCAUUUAGAUAUUGGGGAUCAAUAUUUUGAGGAAUACUGACAGCUAUCAAAAAUAACAAAGAAGCUUGUGGGAAGAUAAGGAGAAAAUUAAGUGCAUGGAAAAGUAAAGUAUAGAUAGAAUCUAAAGUGCUUUGGACAAGUUUCAUGUGGGUUGCUAGCCACACCUCUAGGGUCUCAUCAUCACCCUACCCAAACUGAGGCUAGGGUGUCUUACCUCAGUACAAAGUGAGAAUAUUGGCCGACUAUAACACAGUUGCAUGUAGUGAAUUUUUCCUGUUCAGUGCUAUAUGAAAUAUGUCUCUUUUUCAGUUAUCUCUUGAAAGUUGGGAUAACACCAGGCAGUACCAGCUACCAGGUAUGGGGAGAAAUUGUUUUGCAUUGUUCUAUGCCAUUGUUUUGUUGUUGUUUUUCAAUAGGUCUUUUGGUGAAUUGUUUUAAUUCUGUUUGUGUUUGGUACCUUUUUAAUUAUUAGCGUUCUAUGGUUUUAGCUUUAUCUAUUUUAUCUGUAAGCUAUCUGGAGCCCCUGUCUGGGGAAAAAGCAGAGUAUAAAUAAAUACAGAGUAGUACCUUAGUACUCAAAUGGCCUGGCUCCUGAACAAAUCGGCUCCCAAGCGCCGCAAACCCGGAAGUAAGUGUUCGAGUUUGCAAACCUUUUUCAGAAGCUGAACGUCCAAUGCAGCUUUCGCUUGAGUGCAGGAAGCUCCUGCAGCCAAUUGGAAGCCGCGCCUUGGUUUUCAACUUGGUCAAAUGGACUCUCAGAACGGAUUACGUUCAAGAACCAAGCUACCACUGUAAUAAUAGUCUUAGUAAACUGUUAAAUAUUACUGUUGCAUCGUAAAACAAAAUUUAAAUAUAAUUCUUUAUAUUUCUUUUCCAUAAAGUUUUUUGUGUAAAUAUUUGUUGAAGUGGUAUUUUAACUCUUUCAACUCUUUCAUGUUUUAAUCCCUAGCUGGCAGCCAUCAGAGAUGCUCUUAUAGAUGCUUAUGGUGUAACACCAAAGAUUCAGUGUCUUCCUGGAGAAGAGGUAUCUGUUUAUUAAUCUUUGUCAACCUUUCUCUUUUAGAAAGAUUGUUUUUAUUAUUUGACAUCUUGAAGUGGGGAUUGCCCCCAACUUUUGAAAAUAAAGAUGUCUUACAGAAUUGUAUCCAUAAUGUUAACCUUUCAGCCCCCUCUAUUCCUUGAUGAAAAUCUGUUAAACAAUUUCUCAACAUAUGUUGGAGGGAUGUCAUCCUCAAAUUUUGUUAAGAUCCACAUUAAUAUUCACAGAACUUGAAACCUUCCGAAUCUAAAAUGAUACAUUUUAGUUUAUGUUUACUUAUCUUUUAGUCAUCUUGACACUAUAACUUUUUAGUCUAAUAACAAAAAAUUACAUUAUAAAAUCAAUAUUAUUUAAUAUGAAAAAAUGUAGUAUACCUUUAUCUCAUUAAAUGCAGCAAUUAGCACAUGGUUUAUCAAGAUUGUGGCUUCAUUGCACCCAAAUGCCACACAACUGAUUAACCAUUAAAAUUUCUCUUUAGUGUUUAAUAUUUCUCUUUUUCUAGAAAUGUCUAUCAUGGACUUUUAAAACAGAAGCUCCAUUUUUGCUUUAUUUUCCUACCAGGGUCAUAUACAGAUAAUCGGCCAGAUGAAAUUCUGUAUCACCAAGGAGUUUACCCUGAGAAACUGUACAGAGCCAAAGACUGAUCCCUCUCCUGCCCCUGAGGAUCAUUUCUACCAUACGGAAGAUUUGGAAAUAUGCAAUGAUACACUGACAUAUUAUCCUUCACAUCUGCAUGAAUGAAGCAGGAAGAAAGUGAAAGUACUUUUUGAAAUACCAUUGAGAUUUAACAAAGCAUAUUACAUUAUUUAGAGAGAAAGCCAUCUUUUUAUCCCACAAAGAUACUUACUGUAAUACUUCAUUUGAAAUCCUACUUGCUUUGGAACAUGUGCAAAUGACAGUAUUGGUACUAAAGCUAUAUAAAUGGAGAAGAUUCAUUCUAUGGAAUAGCUAUUCUUUCAUUUGGGCAACUAAAUUACCAUUUUUAUAUUUUAAAAGGGGGCUUCAUAAAGCUUAGCUUUUCUUUAUUGAGUUGUAACUACUUGAAAGUGUUUUCACUAAAGCAAAAUUCUGAAUUAGUAGGUAAUUCUAUUAGGAUUUUAUGGAACAGCUUUCACACUGAGAGCCAGUGUGGUGUAAUGGUUAAGAGCGAUGGGCUCAUAAUCUGGGGAACUGGGUUCGCAUCUCCGCUCCUCCACAUGCAGCUGCUGGGUGACCUUGGGCUAGUCACACUUCUCUGAAGUCUCUCAGCCCCACUCACCUCACAGAGUGUUUGUUGUGGGGGAGGAAGGGAAAGGAGAAUGUUAGCCGCUUUGAGACUCCUUCGGGUAGUGAUAAAGCGGGAUAUCAAAUCCAAACUCUUCUUCUCUUCUUCUUCUAUAUGUUUCAGAAAGGGCAUGAAACAUUCCACCCAGCCCCUCCCCCAUUAAGCGGUUCUGCAGUUUGAAUAUUGUUGGCAACAAUGAAGGUGCAAUACUGAUUGCUUCCUUUCAGAGAAAGUGAAUCUACAUAGCUGGUAGCUGGCCGAAUAGCAAGCUGCUUCUGGUCUCUAUGGCAAAAGCAGUAAUGUAUAGCUUAUCUUACUCCAAAGCAAUGCCAUUGGCAUCAGCAGAGUGACUGUAGAACAAGUAUGUUGAAGCUUGAAAUUACUACAGGCAGUGACCAUUUUAGAUGUGUCUGAUAUGUGUGCAAGCACACGCGCCUGCAUCACGCUGAACCCAGAAGUGACCUGAAAACAUCACAAAAAGGGGUGGGGCAGGGUCAGAACAAGGUGUUUCCAGGCUUUUCCAGUGAUGUUUCAGAUGUAUGCGAUUUCACGUAAGCGCAUGGUGCAUUGAAACACAACCCCCAUGUAAAUUGGGAGCUGCCUGUGUUCAAACAAAUAUGGCCAGUACUUUUUAUAGAAAUUUUGGCUUGGGCCUGCAGCAGUUUAUCAUCUCACAUUCCAUGAGGGUAAUUUUUCCAUUCCUCCCCCGCAAAAAAAAAAAGUCUCCAGAAUUUCAUCUGUGGAUGUUAAUUUUUAGCACUGAAAUGAGUUCGACAGGAUUCAGGAUCCAUUUCUCUGUAUCAGUGAUUACAUCCAGCACUUUCAAACGCAUGGGGCAAAAGUUUGUGCGUAAGUUGGAGCCUGUCACUUCAAGCACUCUUCUGGGAAAUGUCACUUAAAAAAUAAUAAUACUCGUGUUGAGAAAUUAUGUGUUACCUUGUCAGCUCUUUUUUUUUUUCAUAUCAUGGUAUCCUGGUCUGGUUCUGUGGGAUGGUAAUUGGGGGCACUGUGCCACAGUAGUUCAGAUAGUAGCACUGGGAGAGUGCUUUUUGAUCCUCUGGUGGUUACCUUAUCAGGGCAGUAUUUGGUCUCCAGUGCUAUUUAAUGUCUAUAUGAAGCCACUGGGAAUGGUCAUUAGGCGUUUUGGGGCAAGUUGCUAUUAGUACACUGAUGACAUUUCGGCUGUGUUUCUCCAUAACUUCUGAAUUGAGGCAGGCCAUGCGGGCCCUAGGCCAGUGCCUGAACACAGUAGUAGAAUGGAUGAGGUGGGUGGGAGCUGAGCUUGAAUCCUGAAAAGAUGGAGGCACUGUGGGUGAAUGGUUCCUGUGUCCAAGAAAUUGGGCAAUUUCCUUCCCUGGACAGAGUUGCACUCCCCCUGAUAGUUCAUAUGCAGUCGGGCGGGGUGGGGGGUGUAAUUCUGAAUCUAGCUUUGCGAGUGCAGGCACAAAUAGCCCCAGUGGCUAGAAUCACCUUUUAGGAGCUGUGCCUGGUGUAACAUCUGCAACCGCUGGAAGAGCUUGACCACCAUAGUUCAGGCAACACUGACUUCCGUAUUGGAUUAAUGCUAUGUAUUCUGGGGAACAUCCUUUGUGCUUGACCUGGCAGCUACUGUUACCGCAGAAUGCUACAGCAUGGUUACUGGCAGGAGUGAGAGAUCUCUGCUCAAAAUUUGCUGUGCACUGGUUGCUGAGUUGUUACUGAGCCAAUUUCAAAGCUUUACUAUUGACUUGGGACCUGUGGGGUCCUGGUUUACUUGCAGGAUCGCCUUAUCCAUAUGUACCCACUCUACCUCUUUGAAUUGCGAACUGGCACUGCUACAAUUGCCACAUAAUACUCAUUCUACAAUUGUAAGAAGUUUAUCUUUUGAUGUGGCAGUACUUGCACUCUUGGACUCCCUACCUGUUGACAUCAGACAGGUGCCUUUGCUGUACACGUUCUGGUGCCUGCUUAAAGCAUUUAGGCAACCUCCCCCCCCAAAAAAACACAUAGAUGUUGAUGUGCCUUAAUCUUUUACUGUCAAUUUCAAUUAUCUUUUAAAAGUUUUUGAUUGCUUUUAUUAAUAAUUCUAAUAUUUCUUGUAAACCACUGAGUUUUUAUUAUAAUCAAGCAGUAUAUAAUUUUUUGAUAGAGUUUGUAAGCAAGUAAUCAGUGCCUUAAAUGAGACCUUUCACAGAAACAUGGAUUUCUGAUUUGUCUGAUUAGUGACUAGUACCAAUAAAACUCCAAUCUACAAAUUACUUACUGUUUUUCUUCAAUAAAAUUGUUCAAUGCUAUUUUUUUCCUCUUUAAGUUUAUUAGCUUGUAUGCUGUUAAAUUAAAAAAAAUUGAUGAACUAUUGCAAGCUGUUCAUUUGAAGGAGCUUGACCACCUUUUUGCAGAUGGUCUUUUUCCUCUUAUGACCUUUAAUACUGUUAUAAUAAUAGUACCACAUCCCCAUAGACUGUUUCUUCUCUAAAGAUAGAGGAUACCCUCGAUAAUUUAUUAAUUUGUUUAAAAGUAUUUCUAAACUGCUGAAUAUUUUUAAAGAAACUAAGUGGUGUGCAAACAACGCAAAUCAACAUAAAAACCUAAAACAGGAUCCAGUCUUAGAGCAGGGAAAGUCUGCACUAAAAAUAAAGAAAAAAUAAUACAUUGUUACAGGACAUCUGAAGCAAAUAAUUGAUGUAAUUCUCAUAAAUCAGUGAAGUGGACUUUAAGUAGGUGCGGAAUCACUGUAAAACAGUGUCACUGACUCAUAGGAAGAUAUCGCCAAUAGUAUAGAAAACAUCUGAGAGUGGGAAGUUUGUAUUUCCUUAUCCCCACCCCCACCCCCAAAAAAAUAAGGUCAUCCAUAAGGGUGACCAGAACAAAUUCUGUCGCCAAAUGGAUGAACCCAAGCUGAAAUGCGUCAACUUAAUCCGUUUUCUCCAAGAGUGUCUGCAGCUGAAAUACUGCUACCUUCUCAAGCAUCUUGCUCAGAAAAGGCAUUUGUGACUGAACUGAUUGUUAGGUAUCUCAUGCUCAAAUAAUGACUUUUUUUAGGAGCAGUCACACUUCUGCUUUCCUCAGGGUGUCAUGCACCAUCUCAUGUAAAUAUACAUUACUACUGGUCUCACAUUGGGUAGCUCAAAUAAGCCAUGCUGGGCAAGGGUUGAGAAAGUAUGCUUUGGCCUGAACCAUGACAACAACCUCGUCCAAGUCCUCAAGCCUCAUUAACUGAAGCUGAUCUCACCAAAUCAUGCAGUAUGUUGCAGCAGACAUCUCAAGUGGCUUUGUAGUAACGGCAGCAUUCAACUCAGCAUGGAGAGCUAGCAAUAGUUCCUCAUCGAAGCACCUGACAAACUUGUCACAGCAGACCCUCAACAUUUCCAACACUCCAUUCCUCCUGGCAUGUAGAAUAGUCUUUGCGGCCUUGAUGGCCACACAUCGGGUGUGACUUUACUCUUAACAUGUGUCCAGUUGCCUAAUACAACUUAUGUUCUAGCUGCCAUCCAAUCUGCAUUGUGGCUUGAACCUCCCUGGCUUUAGGCUCAGGAGCAUUCUGGCUUCAUCACAAAUCUCAUGACAAUACAAAUGAAUGUAUUAAUUACAUAUUAAUAUAAAAAGCCAAAAUCAGUUUUUAAAGCUCUGGACAUUUAAAACGCCUAUAUUUUCCUGCUCUUCUAAGCAGAGCCGUAGCUAGGUGCAUCCAGAUUGUGCCCCUAGCCAUGGACAAAUUAGCUGUUCUUUCUGCCUCUCCUCCACCCCACCCCCAUUCAAUUUACCCUCUAUUUAAAACCAUUUCUUAUGAGGCAAUAAUCAAUAUAUUUAUGGACUUAUAUAUUUUGCUGAUUUUGCGCUCCCCCCCAUUGCCUGUGCCCCUCGCGGGGGCCACCUCACCACCCCCUAGCCACAGCCCUGCUUCUAAGGACCUCAGAGUCAUACAUAUGUUAUUGAUGUCUGUUUUAUAAUCCUGUCGUGAGGAAGAUUAUGGUGAGAGAUUAAACCCUGGGCUAGUCUGCUUAAAUCUCUUACAGGUUCACAAAUCAAUAAGGGAAUAUUAGCUGUUCAUUUUAUGUGUGCCUAUCACUGUAAUAAUAAUCUGCUGUCACUCAGAAGACAAAAUAAUGACUAAGUCUUAACCUUGCAAGAGAUACGGUAACCUGUUGUGGUUAUUUGUUAGCAGAAAAUUGCCUGCACUUAAAUUGUCACUGUAGAAAUUAGGUUUCGCUAGAUUGUUAAUAAUCUUUAGCUCCCUUGCUGUUAAAUGCCUGUCUCUUGGAGAGUGUUGAAAGAGUACUUCUAAUGCACUUCUGCAAAAAUUCAAUAAAAUUCAAUUUUUUAAGG